AUGAAAGCUAUGGACCGAGUUUUGAACAGACUAAUGGACGCGAUCAAAGCCAAACACUGGCUAUACUGGAUGAGUUCCAAAUACUUCCACCGGGACGCGGUCUUCAGCACAAAGAACCCCGGUUCGUAUCAAGCACCAAGUCGAACUCCACAAUCGGAAGGAUCCAAUGACAAGAGGUAUGUACAUCUAGAUGUGUUCCGUCGCGGCAGAAAGUUGAACAACGACGAUUACUACCUGGACCCGCUGAAUGGCAAACUUCGAAAACUCUUUGUGCAGACCACCGACACAAUCUACGAAAGUAAUACCGAUGCACGUUCCUGGCGCAGAACUUAUAUCAGGAACGUCAGCCCCCGCUUGAUACGUCUGGCUUUUUGGCCCUAUAGCGCUGCACCAAGCUCUCGGGCCACCCAUAAGCUAAAGAGGCGUGACAUCUUGGACAAAGUCAACUCUAAGACUGCGGACUGGGAUCAAUCACAUUGGGUUGCGGUGGGCGCCCGUUGGCUGCCAGCGUGUAUCGGUCUCCUUGUCUUGAUGUGCUUGCCAACUGAUGCCGAGGGUCAAGUCAGAAACAAUGGCUUCUACGAUCCUGUUCCAUACAAGUGGUGGAGUUAUCCAACAGCUGCACGCAAUAUUUAUGAGGAUCGCAACGUGCAAGCCUUGAGUAAGACGAAGCACGUGCUUAUGGAACGACGACAUCUACCUCGAUUCUUAUGUUUCACCGAUCGCGUCAGAGACAGAAACAAGUAUCCUCGAGGUAGAAUGACACCUGAGGAAUGGAUGAAAGAAACGGGCGAAAGCGUUCCGCCUGCAUAUCUCUUCGUCUCGUACACUGGUGAACAUUUCAAGAGGGCCUGCCCCGAAGGGUGGAAGCAGUUUGGACAACGUGGAAAGGUAGAAUGCAAUUGCGAGCAAUGCCAGAGUCACAAGUCUGAUGUAGAGUUCCUGCAUGAGAAAUCGCGCCAAGCAGCCAAGGAAAUUGGUGUCAUCGCUUACUGGACCGAUCAGAAUUGUAUGUCUACAGAUGAGGUUGAACACAGUCAGGAUGUUUACAGUAUAUGUGACAUCGUGCGGGCAGCAUGUUCUAUUGCGAUUAUCGUUGGGCAGGCAGGUACGAACGAGCUCCCUCAAGACGUGACAACAUCCGAUCUCAUGAAGGAGUGGGGCGAAAGAUUAUGGACAUACCCUGAAAUCCUGCUCAGUCCGAUCGGCAAGCCUAUUACGGUCUACACUAGGGGCUCAUCAAGAAAGCCAUGGCAAGUAUCCAAAGCGCAUUUUGCGAAGCUGAUAUGGAAUGACGCCGACUCCAGUCGCCAGCUGAUGGAGCACUAUGAGAAUUCACUGACCCUCAGUCGGUUAGAACUGGUUGUGAUAGCGCUUGAAUGCAUGACGAAUCGUGUUCACAGGGGCACAACGAAUUACAAGGAGGGCGAUCUGGCGUACUGUUUGAUGGGAUUGCUUAGACAACGUCCCAGGGUCGAGGCAGACGAUACUGCGUUCCAGGCAUUUGCUCGCUUGUCCUUGUCGAACGAUAGCGAUCAGCUUCUCGAACGUAUGAUCUGUCUGUUGACGAACACGAAGAGUGAGGACCAGCGGAUUGUGAAGAAUGCAAAAGGUGACGAAGAGAUAAACAAUCGACACUGGUGGACUAACCUGGAGGACGCCUGGGGUGUCAGAUUGUGGGACAUUGAGCCACUUUGCCAGGUUGCAGGAAUAGCUGAUAAUGACACCGUCAUCCUCGAUGGAGCUUAUGGCGCCACUGUCACCUGGGACUCUUUCCAGCGAGUUGCGAUCACGACACGUGAGACCUGGUCGAGGAUGCUGGCCAGGCUCUUAGUGCGCUUCAGCCCUGUUUGGUUCCUGACCGAUCUCAUCAUUCUUGUCAUUGGCUCUAGUAGCAAUGACCCAGGUAUGAUCGCCUUCGGUGUCCUCCUCCUCUUGCUCGUCCUGACUCUCAUACUCUUGUCACCUAUGUUGGUCUUGAACAUAUAUUCUGGCAAAGUCUGGAACGCGCAGCCUUGGCUUUUUGGCUUCGAAGGAUACAUGGAUCUCGACGCGAUUGAGAGGAAAUUAUUCGGCUUCCCUUGUGAUCGUCUGACAUGGGCACCAUAUUCUAGUCCCCUGUCACAACACACCCUGAACGAGCAAUUUCUUGACGAUGAAUGUCAAGGUACAACGCCACUACUAAGCGACACAGAUUCACAAGCAGGAAACUCGUCAACAGCUCAUGAAGUCAACGGUAUGAGACUGUUCACAAUCGUGGACACACAUACUAUGUAA